AUGGAUGCUUCGAAGCCUGAAGCAGUGGAGGACUCCCAGUCUGGGUCGAAAGAUGAUUCGCUUUCAGGGCUUGCAUGCUUGUGGGACAACAAUCCGGAAGUGAGGCAGCGAAUGCGAAAGAAGUUCAACCUGUUGGUUCAUUACGAUCCCAAACUUCAGAAGAAGCUCAAUGUAAAGGUGGAGAAGACCGCACACAAUGUUCGAACGAAUGCUGCCGUGUUGGGACCUGUUCUGAAGAUUAUGAGGCUGACGAAUGGCCUUCCGGCUAUAGACAAACUCAUGGUGCAGGUCGCGGAUGUGUUCGGGCGCUUUUCCAUGCCAAUUACAGAGAACCUUGCAAACUCGCAAUCGUGGGCCAUCCGGGAUAUGAUUUCAGUCCUGAAGAAGAACAAAACCAAACAUGCCUGGCACAAGGACCCAGUAACCCGGCAGCUUCUCUUGGAUAUGGGUGUGUGUGAGGAGGAGGAGGGUGGGCAACUGAAGGUGGUGAGGCAGAAGUCCUUCAAGGAGGAUUCUUUGCCUUUCUUGAAGCCGACGGUUGAAGAUUCCCAGCCGCUUCCAGACGAUGAAGCUUUGCAGCCGAUUCAAAACACAAUGGCCCCAGAAGACUCACAGCCGAUCCAAGACAGUGCCCCAGAACACUCACAGCUGGUUGAAGACAGUGCAGCCCCAGAAGUUUCGCAGCCGGUUCAAGUCGUGGCCCCAGAAGUUUCGCAGCCGGUUCAAAACAUCGUGGCCCCAGAAGUUUCGCAGCCGGUUCAAAACAUCGUGGCCCCAGAAGUUUCGGAGCCGGUUCAAGACAGUGUGGCCCCAGAAGUUUCGCAGCCGGUUCAAGACAGUGCAGCCCGAGAAGUUUCGCAGCCGGUUCACGACAGUGUGGCCCCAGAAGUUUCGCAGCCGGUUUCGGAGCUCGCCCCCGAGGAUCCAUCCACUUCACAAGUACCAUUUGCAGAGGCGGGGAUUGCACAGAAGCUUCAGACCUGGCAUGGCAUUCUGAAUCCGAACAUGGUCGUCUGCUCGUCCGACGAGGAGACUGCUCACUUGGCCAACAGCAGCCACGAGGGUUUGUCCGCAGUUCUUGGAAAUCUGCUGGCCCAGCUGAAUGCUUCGCCCGGUCUGGGCAACAUGGUGAAGCGAGGUGACCUUGGCUCUGCUUCCAUGAGCAAUGAUUCCUUCAAGAAGGAUGAGGCCCCUCAGAGCACGGCUGUGGACGAGACGGGUGGCCCAGGUGCCGCCUUGGAGACUGCAGUGGGCCCUUCCAAGGGCGAUGUGCAUGAGAAUCCGGACGAGAAGGGCGGCCCGGGUGAUGCAUUGGAGACUGCAGAGGGCAAUGUGCAUAAGGAUCCGGGCGACACGAGCUUUCCAGAAGUUACUCAGGAGGGCUAUGUGACACGCAGGGAUCAGUUUGGCAUGAAGUCUUCAUUGAAAGGUCAAAGAGGUGUGUACAGUGCCUCGAGCAAGGGGCCUGUGGAGGAAGGAUCGGGGCUCCGCCGCAUGAAGAAUCAUGUGGCUUUGGGUGACGAUGACGAAGGCCAGUCCGAGGACGAGGAGCCCGAGGACGGCGAGCCCGAAGAGGAGCAGAGCGAGCAUGAGGAUGAGAAGCCGAGAAAGAAGCCGAGUGCGAGAGGACAGCCCAAGGCGAAAGCCACGGCAAAGGCAAAGUCAGCCUUGCCGAAGAGCAAGGCCAAAGCCAAAGCCAAGGCCAAGGCCUCGGCGAAGUCCAGUGCCAAAGCCUCGAAGGUUGUCGCUGGGGAUGGGGAUGACCCGGAGCCACCAAGCAAGAAGGCCAAGACAGCCAAGAGUGCCGAUGGAGAAGCAGAUGUUCCGGAGCCAGCAAACAAGAAGGCCAAGACUGCAAACCGCAAAGAAGCUUUGGAGGCAGCUUUCAAGAAGACGUUCCAUGAGUACACCCAGCUUCGAAAGCCCGAGCCCCUGGUUUUCCAUGACAUGAAUGCCAAUGCUGCUCUGUCCAAUCCGGACCACAUUCGUGCGGUGCUGAAGUACGAGUGCAUGAAGUGUUUGAUCGACUGCUACAAGGCCGGCGAGGCCGACAAGAGAGGCAAGCACGAUCACUUGGAGAAGUUGUUUGCACCCGAUGGUUACCGCUACGAGCUGUAUUGGACCAGAUUCUCCGUGGGGGUCAAGAGGCAGGACGGCGACGAGUACAAGCAGAUUGUGUACUUUUCGAGGCCAACGACAUGCACAGGCACGAACCGGGUGCUGGCAAGGUAUUUCGCCUGGGACUUGGAUGAUUUGCCAAAUUGUUUGUGUUGCUUUGUGCUCUUCGUUCCCUCGAAACACCGCUGUGUCAGGAUGGUUGCCGUGAAAAGUGUACAUCAAGAGGACACGGGUGAUAUCGUCGCCGCAGUGUUGAACAACACCCUGGGAUGUGAUGCUGCACGGCACGGACACCCUGAGGAGAUGCUGCAUGGUGGACCCAAGACCGGGGAUACCCAGCAGCUGCCGCCCCUGCUUGCUCAGCCGGUGGCUGCAUCUACUGGCAUCCAGGACACCCAGCUGGAGCAGGACACCUUCGCUGCCGCACCUGAGACCGCCGCCGAGGAUAUCGGGGUCGAUGCAAGUCAGGGCCCCGAUAGCCAGACCACGGAACCCGGCAAAGAGCCCGCCGCAGACACCCGUGCAGACCCUGGCCCAAGCGAGCAACCCACCGUCCGUGCAGCAAACUCAGAGCCCGCCGACACCGGCCCCAGCAAAGAGCCCACCGUCCGUGCAGCAAACUCAGAGCCCGCCGACACCGGCCCCAGCAAAGAGCCCACCGACACCGGCCCAAACAAAGAGCCCGCAGACACCGGCCCCAGCAAAGAGCCCGCAGACACCGGCCCAAGCAAAGAGCCCACAGACACCGGUCCAAGCAAAGAGCCCGCCGACACCGGCCCAAACCAACACUCCAGUGACACCUGUGCAGGCAAAGACUGGCCCGCCGACAAUCGUGCAGGCCCAAACAAGCCCGGUGCAAUCCAGCCCGCCGAAGCAAUCUCCGCCCACGCCAUCAGCAGCAGGCACACCGCCCGGCCAAACAAGAAACCCAAGCAUCCCUGGAGCCUGCACCGACGUUUCGCUGUUGCAGGCAAAGAUCAAGGCCAAGCGAGCCCUGCAGCUACUUCAGCCCAAGCAGCAGCACCAGCACCAGCUGCCGUCGCAGAAGACGAGGAUGAGGAGGAGCCAGAGGAACAGGACGAUCAAAUCGGCAAGGUCAUGGUGACCUCGCCAGACGGCACCAUCGUCUUGACCCAAGAUGCAUUGAGAAUGCGGUUAAAGAGGAUGUGCGAGCAAAAAAAGAAAUCUCACAAGUGUCAUGUCGACAAUGAAACUCACGAGCAGUAUGCCAGUGGAGGGCCACAGCGAGAGUGGCUAGAGAUGGCACUGCUAGAAGCAUUGCAAGAUGUGGGAACGGUUGCACUGGGACGUGGCAAGGCAGCCCACAAGCAAGUUCAGGCAUCCUUCAAGGUCAGGGUGACACAGAUUCGAGAACGCCAGAUGCUCAAGGAGUCCGAGACGAACGGGGAAUGGCUCACGGAGGAAAAAAUGAACAAAUCGGGUGAAUACAGCAAGAAAUGGAAGUACGACAACAGUGUAACGGAGUACUUCGUUGAGAUUUCGACAAAACAGACCAUCAAGCACAGCGAGCUGCUGAAACGCAUCGAGAACAUGGAUCUUGGAGAUGCCCAGCUGCAUUGGGACGGCGAUAGCAUGAACCUGGGUUGCAGUCACUUCUGCUACUGA